AUGAUUUCAGCGGCGACGUCAACCGCGGCGUCGGUGCGCGUCACCGCGAGCGCGCGAUCGUCCGGGGCGCGCGAGCGCGCGGGCGUGAAGGCGAAAACUAUCCGCGUCGUCAACGCGCGAGUGCGCACGGGCGAACGCGGGGCGGUGCAGAGCGCGGGCGCGAUCGCGAUCGGCGGCUUUGAGGACUUGCCCAGGAGCGGGCUGGAUGGGAAAGCCUUGACGUUCCCGCACAAGGACGACUUCCCAACGCGCGCGGCGGUGCUGUCGAAGAUUCCGGAGGAGUGCUUCAAGAAGGACACCGCCAAGUCGUUGAUGUACGCCGCGAUUUCCACCGCGAUGACCGUCGGGUGCGGCUUGCUCGCGUACGCCUUUCUCCCGCUCCAAGCGGCGUGGUGGCCGGCGUGGUUCGCCUACGCGUUCGUUAACGGUACGAUCGCCACCGGAUGCUGGGUCAUCGCGCACGAGUGUGGUCACAACGCGUUCAGCGACAACCGGUUCAUUCAAGACGCGGUCGGCUACGCGUUGCACAGCGUUCUCCUCGUGCCGUACUUCUCUUGGCAACGCUCGCACGCGGUGCAUCACUCAAGAACGAAUCACUUGACCGAAGGCGAGACGCACGUGCCGUACGUCAAGGGCGAGUUGAAGGGCGAUUUGAACAUCAAGGCAAAGGAAAGCCUCGGCGAGGGCCCGUUCGCGAUUCUUCAGUUGGUCACUCACUUGGUCUUUGGCUGGCCGGCGUAUCUCCUAACGGGCGCCACCGGCGGCAGCGCGCGCGGGGUCACCAACCACUUCUUGCCGAACGUCAACACCGGCGCGCUCGAGUUGUUCCCGGGUAGCUGGAAGAAGAAGGUGUACUACAGCGAUGUCGGCGUCUUCGCCUUCAUCGGCGUGCUCGCCGCUUGGGUCGCUACAUGCGGCUGGGCACCGUUCCUCGCGCUCUACGUGGGCCCAUAUAUGUUCGUUAACUUCUGGCUCGUCCUUUACACUUGGUUGCAACACACCGACGUUGACGUCCAGCACUUGGCGGCGGAGCAAUGGUCGUACAUUAAGGGCGCGUUCUUGACCAUAGACCGUCCGUACGGCCCAGUGUUUGACUUUUUGCACCACAGAAUCGGUAGCACGCACGUCGCGCACCACGUUGAGUGCGCUAUCCCGCACUACAAGGCGACCGAGGCGACCGAGGCGCUCAAAUCAAACUUCCCGGAUUACUAUUUGUACGAUCCCACGCCGAUUUGGCGAGCCAUGAUGCGCGUCGCGAGCAAGUGCGUCGCCGUCGAGGAGCGAGGCGAGGGCAAGGAUGCGAUGUGGACGUUCACGGAUUCGGCGUGA